CUCUCCGCCUCUGUUCACAGCUGCUGUGCCUUCCCCCAGUAAUUCGUCUUGUGCAGCUGAUCUCUCUCUCUCUCUCUCUCUCUGUGUGUGUGUGUGUGUGACUGUGUGUGUGUGACUGUGUCUGUGCAACACCCCCCGACAAUGCAGUGGAGGGGACAGACGAUGUGGAUGGCGAUGUUCCUGGUUUUCCUGCUCAGACCCUCGGAAAUUGCCGCCUACUUCUCGGAGGAGCGACAACCCAACGAGUCCUCUCUGCAGAGCCCCACUGUGCUGAUCGCCAUCGUGGCCAGAAACACGGCUCACACUCUGCCCUAUCACCUCGGGGCCAUCGAGAGGCUGGACUACCCCAAACACAGGGUCUCCAUAUGGGCAGUGACUGAUCACAACAUUGACAACACCACCGCCAUCCUGAGAGAAUGGCUGACGAAUGUGCAGAAACUCUACCACAAUGUCGAGUGGCGCCCGAUGGACAAACCAGAGUCCUAUCCCAACGAAUUGGGCCCCAAACACUGGACUCACGAGAGGUAUGAAUACGUGAUGAAACUGAAGCAAGCUGCCCUCAAAACUGCCAGAAAGCAAUGGGCUGAUUACAUCAUGUACGUCGACACAGAUAACAUUCUCAGCAAUGACCAGACACUGAAGCUCAUGAUCGCUGAGAACAAAACUGUUGUAGCUCCGAUGCUGGAAUCACAGACAGCUUAUUCCAAUUUCUGGUGUGGGAUCACACCCCAGGGCUAUUACCGCAGGACGGCAGAAUAUUUCCCAACUCGAAACCGUUACCGUUUGGGCUGCUUUCCCGUCCCCAUGGUGCACUCUACCUUCCUGAUCGACCUUCGGAAAGAGUCAUCGCAGGGGCUGGCCUUUUUCCCCCCGCACCCGGACUACUCCUGGCCCUUCGACGAUAUCAUCGUGUUUGCCUUCUCCUGUCGAGCUUCAGAUGCUCAGAUAUACAUGUGCAAUAAAGAACGUUAUGGCUUUGUCAACGUGCCAGCCAAACCACAACACACGCUGGAAGAUGACAGUCUGAACUUCAUUCAUCUGAUGCUGGAUGCCCUGAUUGAUGGGCCACCCAUGAUGCCGUCCCAGUUUGUCCAUCUCCCACCAAAACAUCCGGAUAAAAUGAGAUUCGAUGAGAUUUUUCUGAUAAACCUCCGUCGUCGGCCCGAAAGGAGGGAACGAAUGCUUCAAUCGCUGUAUGAGCAGGAGAUUGACUGCAAACUGGUGGAUGCAGUGGACGGCAGUGCUCUGAACAGCAGUACAUUAAAAGCCAUGGGUAUUGACAUGCUCCCAGGAUACAAUGACCCAUUCUCCCACAGGACCCUAACCAAGGGGGAGGUGGGCUGUUUCCUCAGUCACUACAACAUCUGGAAAGAGAUUGUGGAUCGGAAGCUGAACAAUAUUCUAGUAUUUGAAGACGAUGUCAGGUUCGAGGCUUAUUUCAAAAGGAAGCUGUUGAAGUUGAUGGCAGAUAUUCGGGCAGCCGGUUUGAAAUGGGACCUUAUCUACCUCGGUCGAAAACUAGUGAACCCCAACCAAGAGACAUCUGUGAAUAACGUCAAGAACCUGGUGGUCGCUGACUAUUCCUACUGGACUCUGGCCUACGCCAUGUCACUGCAGGGUGCGAGGAAACUGAUCAAUGCGCAGCCAUUGACCAAAAUCCUGCCCGUGGACGAGUUCCUUCCCAUCAUGUAUAACAAACACCCCAAUAAGGAAUAUAAGAAGAUUUACUCCAAACGAGAUCUGAAAGCUUUCUCGGUGCGCCCUCUGCUGGUGUUUCCCACUCAUUACACCGGGGACCCCGAGUGGUUCAGCGACACCGAGACCUCCACCAUCUGGGACGACGACUCGAUGAAGACGGCUUCGGGAAGUUCUCAAAAAAAUGUCAAGGCCCAACAAGCCACCCACGAGUCCAUUCGCUCUGCUUCGAGGGAGGACUUGUAGCCGACAGUAAUUUUCCGAAAGGGAAAUUUUCUGUUCCAAGACGAAAGAUACAAAUGGAAGGUAUCGUGAUAAACCUCAACUGAAGAUUGGUCUGGUAGCAAUUUUUUUUUAUGUACUUCAGUCAAUGCUCCUCUGUCAGAUGUGGUCCAGUUGAACCUGAAGCGUUGAAACCGGGACAAAUAGCAAAUAUGCAAAAGUCCAUUACAUUACUGAGUGCUGCUUUUCCAUUGUGAGGACGGUGAAAUGUGGGGAAUGCCAUCCAACACUGGACAUUUUGGAAAGGAUGGCUUUUCAAUAGUGCUCGAAUGAGGAAUAUACCAAUGAACUACAGACAAAAUGCAACCAAAUAAGAUGUUUUUCAAUAAAAGGGGAAAAGUAGUAUUGCUGCAGCUUUGUUCUUUGACCUCAGAUAAAUUUUAGCCUUGCAGGUUCCAGUGGUGCCCUUAGGUUGACUUUACUUCCUCCACCCUGCGUAAAAUCUUUCCCUUCCUCACAACUCUAGUAUCAUAGCAAAUAGGGAUAAUAAGACCUCUGUAGGGAUGUUUCACUUUUGCGGUGGAACUCUGGUUGGAAAAGGUAAAAUGAUCUUGAGGAAGAGGAGAGGAUACGAGCUAAGAACAAGAGAGAGAAAGAGAGAGAAUAGUGUGACAAUAAGAGUUUGGAACAAGAAACACAGAGCCUGAGAUUAAAAAAAAGGGGGGGAAAAAAGGAAACGUGUAUUUUCAUCCAUUGUGUCCCGUAAAAAUGUCUCAAAGUGCUUUACAGUAAUUAUUGUCAAGUGUAGUAACCAUUUUGUGCACAGCAAAGUCUCAAAGUCUAAAGUCAGUAUAUCCUUAACCUCUGGAACUCAUUGCCUACAUCCCUCCACCUUGCCCGCUCUCUACCUGCCUUUAAAUCCUACCUUUAAACCUAUCUCUUCGACCGCACUUAUGGUCACCUCCCCCUUCACCCUUGCUUGGUGUCCAGCUGCUGUGAAAU